CUGAAACCGGUGCCAACUCCUCAGAAACUGGGCAAAGCGUCCGUCCUCUCUGUACGCGAUUGAGACGUAUCGAGCAGUCCACCAAACUAUUUGGCUGCCCAUUUCUUCGCUACUCACUGGAUGUGAGUCACUUGGCGCUCUGACCUUGGGUGUACGUACGGCCGUCGAACCGGGUGAGUAGACGAACAUCGCCGCGACGAUACACCCAUUCUGGCGGCUGAUUGAGGACCUAAAUGUGCAACGUGGUUGCUGAUGGUGUUGAUCUGCGGCAAUGACCAAGCAGAAGAAGGGCAGCAGACAAGGCAACAAGCGCAAAAGGGAUGGCAACAGGAACCAACGCUCACAGGUGUGGUGAGCGUGACAGCUAGGAAUCAAGCAACAAGCAUGAAGGUGCAUGCUGAGAUACACUCUGUGGUGUGUGGUGUGUGGUAUGGUCUGGCUGUAUGUAAGGGUCAGCAGCAGGAGGGCGGAUUCAGCUACUAUGCCCCGCCGCUGCAUAGCAACGAUGCUGCCGACGACUCGCAAGACGACAAGUAAGCUGAGAUGCGCACAGCACACCACACACCGCAAGGCCGCCCACCAUACCAUCUGGUGUGGAUCUUCCUUUCACUGUCAGCAAGAAGCCCAGGCUGUCCCUCAUCCCCAACUCGGAGGUCAUGAAGCAGCAAGCCCGAGGGCAGCGUUUCGGCACCGGCCCCGCCGCUAGUGCUUUCCCAUCGGUGCCCUCCCCACACCAAGGAGACCGUCGCCGCAUCUUCUACGAUUCGCCGAGGAAGCGAAUCGUCACAACGGAGGACGACCUCCGCGCGCAGCUCAGUCACCGGCCGGGGAUGCGGCGCGGGGGCUCCAACGAGGGCGUGAGUGAGGCGGUGGACGGUGCGGGUGAGCGGUACGGACAUAUGGACAUGUUGCCGGGUCAGCAGCCGUCGCCUCUCGUCAACAAGGACGGGGUGCUGCGGCACAUGGGCAUCUCGGAGAGGGGGCGGGACAGGCCGGCAGCAGCUUGGGCCGCGUCGUCACAGUCGAGACGCGGCAGCCAUGAGUGGCCGAGCCAGGACACGCCGAGGGGGGCGUCACCCGCACAAACGACAGCGGAACCUGCCGCUCCUCCUCCCCCUGCCGAGGCCGCUUCCCUGGAUGAGCAGCCCGCCGCGGCUCGUGAGGCUGACCAGCCUGACCACGUGGCUGCGCAGCCUUCCCAGGCCAGCGAUGAAGACGCCGGGGGAGAGGAGGAGCAGGAGACCAUGCAGGACGACGCGACGGCAGAAGAAGCAGAAGAGGAUGAACAAGACGGCCCUCAGGCGGCUGAUGAGGCGGCCGCUGAGGCCAGCGCUGAUGAGCAUGGCGCGCCAUCAGGGGCCGCUGAGGAGGGCAUGGAUGGCCAGACGGACGGCAAUGACGGUCCACUGGACCGGGAUACGGCGACAGGAGAGCCGCCACGGCAACACCAGCAGGCGAUGCAAAACGGCGAUUCGCCCGUUGGCAAGGCUGAUGAUGGCUCUCGCGUGCCCGCAGGUCCGCCUGACGUCAACGGUGUGCAUCACGUGACCGAUGCACCCCGCCAAGGCCCGAGCGGCGACUCACCCACUUCUCUCCCCCGCCCCCCUAUAUUGGAGCACCGGGCGCCCUCUGCUGACAAAGGAAUGGCUGAGGGCGACACCAGUCCCGCGUCGCAGCGUGACGGCGUGCUGCUAUCUGUGCGUACGUCUGUGCGGGCGCCUGAGGGUGCGGUGGCGACGGUGCCUGUGGUGAUGGAGUUCCAGGCCCUUAAGGGCCAGAAGAUAGUGCGGCAGAGCCCCGGGAUGACGCUGGAGGCCCUUAUCGAGCGGUACCUGCGGCCCCGCGUCACCACGCAACCCAUCCGCGUGUUCCUGGCGCAGUCGCACCCACAUGUAAGGGCGCAGGCGGACAGAUGGAGGGUGCAGUGAUUGUCGGCUGUGUGUGUGUGUGUGUGUGUGUACAGGUGGAGGAGGCGCUGUAUUUCAGGCUAGGAGACCUUCCCCGUGUGCGCGUCGACGAGCUGGGGGGCGAGUGGGGCAUCAGGCUGAAAUUCGAGAUAGACCCGUGGUACACAUGAGGCACUGCAUGGAUGGUGUGUAGAGCGAUAGCAUUGGUUAAAAGGGUUCGUGCGUCCGGCUGGGUUGCCUGUUGGUGCGUGGGCGGUGUUUGCACACUUCGUCAGUCGGUGUGAUGUGGAUUAGCUUCUGUUUUGAGUGCGUGUCCGAGGCGGCUGCGUGAGUGUGAAGGUGCCAGUGUCCGUCUCAGUGGACAGAUGAGUACAUGAUGGAUCAGGUGAACGUUCAUGCCAUGCAACAAAUGCACGAUGC